AUGCAUAAACAGGGCAAGAGGUUGCAGUUAGACUUUUUAAAAUAGUCACCAAGAAAGUUUUAAAAUUUAACUAAUCAUACUUAAGAAAGUGAAUUAUAAUCUGAUCAAUAUGGCCUAGUCCAAACUAGAUUUGAGAAUUCUAUGUAAAUGAACAUCAAAGAACAUGUUGAUUAACUCUUCAACAUUCUAAAAUCAAUAAAAGAUGAUUUAAAGCUAAGUCGAGAUGACAUGAAUAUUAUAAAGAACGAUUUAUAAAAAAUGAAGUCUAAUCAAUGUAGAGAUGAAGAUCGCUUUACUAAGGCUCUUCUCUAAGAUUUGAACAAACAGAAAAAUGAAUUAAAGAAAUUACAAAUUGCCACAUCAACUGCUUAUGGAAGUCUUAACUAACAAAUCUCCUCACUAUAGAAUGACAAGGAUUUCAUCAAAGAUCAUUCUAUUCAAGUGGAAUUGGAUACUUAGUUGAUUGAAUCCGAUAUUGGAUUUAGGAGAAUAUAUGAUAUAUGA